AUGGAAUGGACCACAGCAAAAAGAGUGGACUCUGCCGCACAUCAUAGAACCCCUACGCCAUUCUUUUCCUCUUUUGGGUUUCUGCUCACUAAAUUCUACUGUUCAAUCACGCCAUUUCCAUUUCGUGCUUCUGAUUCUGUUUAUCUCAAGCCGAUUAAAGCUGCCAGCCAUGGCAUUGAUGUCCCAUCCUGGUUCAUCUCAUAGCAUUCAGUCAGAGGUUAUACAGUGUAAAACUAGGCACAAUGGAGUUAAUAGCUUUGCCAACACAGUUGACUCAUCCAGGCCAAAGGAAACCUUCUUAGGUCUGCGAUCCCCUUCGUGGAGUUCCCUGAAGGUGAAACCAAGCUCGAGUUCUGUUGGCACUGGAGUGGGAAGGAGGCGAGGGCGCCAGGAAACUGUUGCCGCAAGUCCUCCUACAGACGAUGCUGUUAUCUCGACCGAGCCACUUACAAAAGAAGAUCUCGUAGGUUACCUUGCUUCGGGUUGCAAGCCCAAGGAAAACUGGAGGAUAGGCACUGAACAUGAAAAGUUUGGGUUUGAGAUCGGAACAUUAAGCCCCAUGAAAUACGAACAGAUAGCAGAGCUUCUUAAUGUUAUAUCUGAGAGAUUUGACUGGGAUAAAAUAAUGGAAGGUGAAAACAUUAUUGGACUCAAACAGGAUAAACAAAGUAUUUCACUGGAGCCUGGUGGCCAAUUUGAGCUUAGUGGUGCACCCCUUGAAACUUUGCAUCAAACCUGUGCUGAAGUCAAUUCUCAUCUUUAUCAGGUUAAGGCUGUUGCAGAGGAAAUGGGGAUUGGAUUUUUGGGAAUUGGCUUCCAGCCCAAAUGGAGACGUGAAGACAUACCAAUAAUGCCCAAGGGAAGGUAUGUAAUUAUGAAAAAUUACAUGCCCAAAGUUGGGUCGCUGGGACUUGAUAUGAUGUUUAGAACGUGUACUGUUCAGGUGAACCUGGAUUUUGAUUCUGAAGCUGAUAUGAUAAGGAAGUUCCGGGCUGGCCUUGCCUUACAGCCUAUAGCUACAGCAUUGUUCGCAAAUUCACCAUUCACUGAAGGGAAACCAAAUGGUUAUCUUAGCAUGAGAAGCCAAAUAUGGACAGACACUGACAAUAACCGAGCUGGAAUGCUUCCUUUUGUCUUUGAUGACUCCUUUGGGUUUGAACAGUAUGUAGAAUAUGCUCUUGACGUCCCUAUGUACUUUGUCUAUCGGCAGAAAAAGUAUAUUGAUUGUACUGGAAUGUCCUUCCGGGAUUUUUUGGCUGGGAAACUUCCUUGUCUUCCAGGUGAAUAUCCAACUCUCAACGACUGGGAGAAUCAUUUAACAACAAUAUUUCCAGAGGUUAGGCUUAAAAGAUACUUGGAGAUGAGGGGCGCUGACGGAGGACCUUGGAGGCGGCUAUGUGCACUGCCUGCAUUUUGGGUUGGUCUGUUGUAUGACAAGGUCGCUCUACAAAGUGUUCUGGACAUGACGGCAGAUUGGACACCUGAGGAAAGACAGAUGCUUAGAAAUGAGGUCCCAAAGUAUGGGCUGAAGACACCAUUUCGUGACGGACUGCUGAAGCAUGUCGCGCAAGAAGUUGUCAAAUUUGCUAAGGAUGGCUUGGAAAAAAGAGGCUUCAAGGAAACCGGAUUUUUAAAUGAACUGACUGAAGUUGUUAAUACAGGUAUAACUCCAGCGGAAAAGCUCCUUGCUCUGUACCACGGGAAGUGGGGACAAAACAUCGAUCCUGUAUUUGAGGAGCUGCUCUACUAGAGAUUGCAGCGGGACAAUUCGAUGCUACGACUAAGGCUUGCGUCCAAAAUAAUGAGUUGGUAGUUGAAACUUUUCAUUGUUCAAACUUUUCCGGUUUGAAGCCCAACAGAAAGGUUAGAUUAGAUGAAAGUUUCUUAACCUUAAGGCUCGUUUCGUUGCUAGGAAAAUAAUGUUGAUUGAGAAUGUUGUUUACCGGAAAAAAUGAAUUCCUUAUCUUGUGUUUGUAAAAUACCAAGAAAUAACUGCUACUCUGUUAGGAUUUUGAAUUUGUAUGGAUUAAUUAAAUAUAGUUAACAAAUUGAUGUAAGAAUUAAAUUAUAAUUAUCAUUGCCUU